AUGGUGAGAAAAAAAAUCAAUUUCUCAGGUCUCAAGGACACACUUUCUGGACUAUGGAGAACUCAGAAACCAUUCACGGUACGGCUUGUCGGAUAUAAUCUUUUUCAAUUCGUCUUUCAAUCUGAAGAAGACAAAAGAAAAAUACUGCAAGGCAAAACCUGGAGUUUUGACGGUCAGUACAUUCUUCUCAAAGAAUGGUCGAGCACCAGCAUCAACUGGCAGGACGAAGCUAAAAUUAAUCUCUGGAUCCAAAUUCACGGUUUACCGUUACACUGGAUAUCAGAAGAUACUGGCCUGAAAAUUGGCAAGUUAUUUGAACAAGUCUCAGAUGUAUAUGUCCCGGACUUCGGAAGUAUCUCAGGGAGAUGGAUCAAGAUUUUAGCGCUAAUCGACCUCAACGAACCCUUGCUCCAUGGUGCUAAAAUCAAUCUGGGUGAUGACAUGGUGUGGGUCGAUUUCAGGUACGAGAACUUACAGACCUUCUGUUACUAUUGUGGGGUCAUUGGCCAUGGGGAUCGAAACUGCGCCCAGAAGAAAGAAGAUAUUAAGCAGAAUACGCACAACCCUGGUAAAUUUGGAGAGUGGCUCAAAGCCAGUCUCGGUACUACUUAUAUAAACCGAGAAAAACCUCCGUCAGACAGAACGUUUCAAAAAACCAACAACCCCCCCAAACCAUGUGAAAAUGAAGAUUCAAAUAAAAGCACUACCCCCUCAGCUCAAACUCCAUCCCCAACCAUGAAUAUUUCCAGCCCUCAAUCCUCAAAGGCUAUUACCAGCCAAAAACUACCUUCACCGCUGGGUGUGGAACCUAUGGUUUUAGAACCUAUACCAACAGUUACACCUCCUGCUAACUUAAACCAAACCACUGAUAUCUCCCUCAUUGAUGUCACCAUACUUCAAGAACCCCACUUGCUUAAUCCAAACAUAGCAAACAUCAAAAAGCCUCUGGACCUCAUUAAAAAAGAAGUCAAACCUCUACGAGCCUGUAAAAUCCAAAGAAGACAAUCUGCUGAAGUUAAUCUCAUUGAGGGUUUGCUCAAAGAAUCAGGCGACCCUUGCUCUUCUCAGGAGGAGAUUCUCAAUGAAAUACAAAUCCACUUUGCCAGGCUUUUCAACACAACAUACCCUACUUCCAGAUGGCACAGUCUUGAGGGCGUCCCCGUUUCAAUUACAAAUGACAUGAACGCCAGGCUCACCAGGAUUGUGACAGAGGAGGAGCUAAAAAGAGCAUUACACCAGCUCAAAAAGGGGACAUUACAAGUGAUAGGCGAUGGAAAGUCAACCUCUACCUGGACUGAUCCAUGGCUAGCUGGCACCCCCGAUCUGAGCCCCACACCUAGCUUCAUCUCUGACUCCAAAAGGCUGGAUAAGGUGUGCAACCUGUUAAACCAUGAUGGCAACUCCUGGGACAAAGAGCUCAUUGAACAAUCUUUCACUCCCCAUGAAGCUCAGCUCAUCCUUUCCACGACACUUAACAGACAAAGUCACAAGGAUAGUCUGAUAUGGAGGCCCCACAAGCUCGGGAAAUUUACAGUUAAGUCGGCCUACUCACUCAUCCUUCAAAGCAAGCAAGCUGCCAAAUGCGUUCCAGAACCGAGUACAUCAAGAAUUCUUAUAGCCAAAGUCUGGAAAAUAACUUGGUCCAUGAAAACAAAAAGCAAAAUAAAAAACUUUUUAUGGCGAUGUUGGCAUAAAUUCAUUGGCUCGCAAGACCAGCUUCUGCUCAAAGGAAUUCAGGCUGACCCGAUAUGCAAAGUUUGUGGAAACUCUGAAGAAUCCCUAGAACAUAUCCUUUUCUCCUGUCAAAGAGCGGCUAAAGUCUGGAAAUUAGCAGGCAUUGAAUGGUCGGGUAUGCAAAAUCCUUCUAUAACUUUUAAAAAUUGGUGGACCGACAUAUGCAACAUUCAGAAAGUCAAAAGCUUCAAUGACAGAAUCCACUUCUCCACUUUCAUUCUAUGGAGACUGUGGAAAUGCAGGAAUCUGUGGAUCUUUAAUAAUCUUUGGAAAUCUGAAAGAGAAAUUGCUAAUCAAGCCUGGAACGAAUGGAUGGAAUUCGAGAGCAUCAGCUCUCAUAUUACCCUUGCUUGA